AUGGUUCCUUUUCAUACGAGACACUCUAUAUUAGAAAAAGAUUCACCACUUGCUAACUCUAAAUGGCGCUAUCGAAUUGAAAAAUAUGAUGAUGCUAUUGCACAAAACAAACCUAUUUCAGAAAUUCCCAAGACAAAUAUCCGUGAAGCUAUUGAAUUUGUUAAAAUCGCUUGGGAUAAAGUAACUACUCAAACAAUUAUACAUGCAUGGCAGCAAACUGGCAUUUUACCUAAUGGUACUGAUGUUAAUGUUGAUAAUGAAACUAUUCAAUCUAUUAAGCAAUUAACUAAUUCUGAACUACUAAUGCUUAUAAAUAAAUUUCCUCUUGGUAUUAAAAAAAAUCGAAUGGAAUUAGAUGAAUUUAUUAAUUUAGAUAAUUAUAUUGCAGCUAAUGAAAUGCCGUCAAUGAAGUCUAUAAUUGAAACAGUUAAAGAAAAAGAAUCUUCCGAACCCGAUCUUUCAUUAAUCUAA